GUCACCACAGGGUUUGUUUGGUGCUACGUGGAAAGGAAGUAGGAGUUGAAAUUGUCAAAACAAUUCGGUCAUGCACUAAUCAACGCAUACCUUUCGAAAAUAUUGAAUAUUUAUCUUGGGGUCUCACCACGGUUCUACUGAAUUUGAUCUGGGACAUUGCAUUUCGAAAAUCCAAAGAAUCAAACACAAUGACUAUUUUCAUGUAUUUUCAUGUUUAGCCUUUGGAGUUAGUGGAACGGCCUAGCUGUUGUAGAAGGCAAGAAAGUAAGUUGUUGUGAUCCGUAGGGCUUCAAAUCUGUAGGGUCGGGAGAGGGAGCAUCUUACCGGGUUAUAAAUGUAGAUAAAUAUGAGCUGGUUCAAUGCCUCGCAGCUUUCCAGUUUUGCCAAACAGGCUCUGACAACAGCUCAGAAAUCAAUCGAUCGGGUUUUGGACAUCAAGGAGGAAGACCAGUGGGGGGACACUGUGCUGCCGUCCUACGAUGAUUUGCCUGGAAAGACAUCUUUCUCCAGUGAGGGCUGGAGUACCUCGCAGUGGAAUUCCCCGUUAGAAAAGUGCUCUCCGGCUGCUCCUGCGUCCACAGAGGCCAUCACCACUCCUGUCACGCGCACUGUAGUGGACGAAUCUGAGAACUUCUUCAGUGCCUUUUUGCAACCAGCAGAGCCGCAGAAUGUGAAGAACAGCCAGGUCGUGUCCGUGCCUCCUGCCAAAUCGCCCAGGCCCGAAGAAGAGAAGCCCAGGACUGUUGCGUCGAAGGAGAAUUUAGAUCCUCUCAAACCCGGUCCUGUUAAACCGGGGAAACUGGAAACAAAAAAGCCCGUAGCAUCCAAACCUGUGAGCGUCGAACUAGCAAAGCCUGCUGCGGCUGCUGAUACUGGUGGUCACAAGCCAGAUCCUGAAAGCUCUCUUCCGCAAAAGUCUACUCAAGAAACUGCUGUGUGUGUAACUGACGGAAAAAAUCAAGUGGAGCUCUUAGAUGGAACAGCUGCUGUUUCGGAAGUGACAAAGGCAGAGAAGUCUCCCUCCCUUUCGGGUGUCCCAGUUGAGGACGGUGUCGUCAAUGGCAGCUGUGAGGGGACACCACCAGAAAGCCCUUCCAAACCUCACUUGCCUCCCUCAAAGGAGAUGCUGUUGGAGUCGAAAGACCCCAAAUCUGAAGACCGACAAAGCAAUACACCUUCACCCCCCGUGAGCACUUUCUCUUCGGGCACGUCGACCACCAGCGACAUUGAAGUCCUGGACCACGAGAGCGUGCUUAGCGAAAGCUCUGCCAGCUCCAGGCAAGAGAACGCCGAGUCCAAAGCCGGCCUGCACCUGAUGCAGACCUCCUUCCAGCUCCUGUCUGCUUCGGCCUGCGCCGACUUCCCACGGCUCGACGACUACCAGAAGCUCACGGAGAGCUGCGGCUCUUCCGACGCCUUCGAGAGGAUCGACUCGUUCAGCGUGCAGUCGCUCGACAGCCGGAGCGUCAGCGAGCUGAACUCGGACGACGAGCUGUCGGGUCGGGCCUGCACUCUGGCCUCCAUUGCCACUGGGCCGGCUGCUCCACACGUGGCCCCGGCGGACCAGGACGAGCAGAGGAGUGAGGAAGAACUGAUGGAAACCCCGAAGGACAAGUCGCUGGAAGACAGUGAAAUGGAGGAGAGUGGCCGAAGCGCGACUCCGGUGAAUUGUGAGCCGGCUGAAGAACUGGUGCACCCUGAAAGUGCUAGGGAUGGCUCGUCCUCAGCGAUGCACGUCAAAGAAACGGUCCCAUUCCACCUGGCCAGCAAGGAAAAAAGUGAGGUUUCCAAUUACCAGUUGCUCGAGCUGCAGAAGACUAUUGAUGAGCUGACAAACAGACUUGAAAAGAGAGAAAUCCAGCUGUUAGCUGUCAGUAAAGACAAAGCAAGAUUGGAAGAGGAGCAUGACAAUCUUAAAGAUGAAAUGAUCAGUCUGAAGGAAGAGAGCUCGGGCGUGCAGGCUCUGAAGGAAGAGUUCACUCAGCGGAUUGCAGAUGCAGAAAAGAAAGCGCAGUUAGCCUGUAAGGAACGAGAUGCCAUGAAAAAGGACCUUAAAGCACUGAAAGAGGAACUGUCAAUGAGACUGAACUCAAAUGAGACUGCCGAGAUAAUGAGAGAAAAAGAUGAACAAAUCAAGGGCCUGCUAGAAGAAGGCGAAAAGCUUUCCAAGCAGCAGCUUCACAGCUCCAACAUCAUAAAGAAGCUGAGAACAAAGGAGAAGGAGAAUGAAAACCUGACGAUAAAGCAGAACAGAAGGAUAAAGGAGCUCGAAGAGGAGCUGAGGCAUCUACAGGAGGUCCUGGAUGGCAAAGAGGAGGUUGAGAAGCAGCAUCGUGAAAACAUCAAGAAGCUGAACAGCAUGGUGGAGAAGCAGGAGAGGGAGCUGAGCCGGCUCCAGACGGACAUCGAAGAGUUUCAGGAGAGGAGCCGCAGCCUCCAGGCAGCCCUUGACAGCUCCUACAAGGAACUUGCAGAAUUGCACAGAGCAAACGCUACAAGGGACAGUGAAGCACAGGAGGCUGCGCUGAGCCGGGAGAUACAGGCCAAAGAGCAGCUCUCUCUUGCUCUGGAGAAGGCACAGGAAGAGUCCAGGACUCAGCAGGAGGCCUUAGCCCUUCAGGUUGCAGACCUGAGGCUGGCAUUACAGAGAGCUGAGCAGCAGCAGGCUAGAAAGGAGGACUACCUUCGUGAAGAGAUCAGCGAAUUGCAGCAGAGACUUCAAGCAGCAGAAACUCGGAACCAGGAGCUCAGCCAAAGUGUGACCUCAGCAACCAGACCACUGCUGCGGCAGAUUGAAAACCUGCAGGCAACACUGGGGGCACAGACCUCCUCCUGGGAGAAACUGGAGAAAAACAUCUCCGAUAGACUAGUGGACGCACAGGCACAGCUGGCUGUUGCCGUGGAGAAAGAGCGGUCUGCUGCGGAGGACCUCCUCAGUUUCAAAGCCCAGCUGGCCUCUGUGGAGUCUCAGAACAGCCUUCUGCGUCAGGAGAAGGGCCGCUUGCAGGUUCUACUGGACUCUGAGAAAUCCAAAAGAGAGAAACUAGAGGAUGACAGCAGCAGGGAGCACGCAGAGCUGCAGAACCUUAAAGGAGAGUAUGCAAGAGCUCUUGAGGAGUACAAAAAGGAGAAGGUGCUUCUGAAUAAUCAGCUGGAAAUGGAAAAAAUGAAGGUCGAACAAGAAAAGAAAAAGUAUUUCUUGGUACAAGAAGCACUGAAAGAAAAGGAAAGAAAAGCCUAUAGUCACCCAGUAGCAGACCCGAGUGCAUCAGGCACCCCAUCGCUCUCCCGCUCCAGCUCAAUCAGUGGGGUUGACUUGGCUGGCUUGCAGAACUCCUUCUACUCGCAGGAUGAUUCCUUCGAUCACUCGUUUGGCACACUGACCAUGUCUGCUAGUGGAAGCAAUUUGUAUGAAGCUGUGCGCAUGGGGGCAGGCUCUAGCAUUAUUGAGAACCUGCAGUCUCAGCUCAAACUACGAGAAGGGGAGAUCAUGCAGCUUCAGCUUGAAAUUUCAAACCUGGAAAAAACCAGGGCUGUUAUGUCAGAGGAACUAGUAAAAUUAACAAACCAAAAUGACGAGCUGGAAGAAAAAGUGAAGGAGAUCCCAAAGCUGCGAUUGCAGCUCAGGGAUCUGGACCAGAGGUACAACACCAUCUUGCAGAUGUAUGGGGAGAAAGCAGAAGAAGCUGAAGAACUCCGACUUGACCUGGAAGAUGUGAAGAAUAUGUACAAAACCCAAAUUGAUGAACUGUUGAAAACCAAGAAAUAGACAUGGCAGCCUUGCGUCUGAAUCUCAAGUGUGAAGUUAAAAAAAAAAAACAUUUCCUGUGCAUGUACUGUAUGAAGGGGGAAAGUGGAUAGUUUGUAGUUCUGCAGAAGGAUCAAUGCAUUUCUAACUCCUUUUACUUUAAAAUAAGGUGGAUUAAAACAAAAAAAAUGUUUGUAGGAGUCCUCCAAAUGUUGGAUUUGAAACAUUCCUCUUUGCUACAUCUGUAUUAACAAAAGCAUAGAGGUGGUUACAGAUGAAACCAUAAACGUCAUGAAAUGUCUUGAAGAACAGUAGGUCUAGUCACUACAUUUUAAACCUUUGAAUUUAUGCAUAUCAUUGAAAAGAGAAGAAAAGAGCAUUUUCUGUUUCCUGUUUUUUCCCCAACAUGAGUUUUGUCACAGAAUUGCAUUCACACUACGGGACUUGUUGGUAUUAGGUCAAGGCUGCCCAGUCCCAGUCCCAUUCAAUCUCAUCUCUUAACAAGCUAGUUACUGGCUUAAAUAGACCAAUUUAGUAGAUUCUUCUAGCUUUUCAAGUGCUGCUACUUUAAAGAGACCUAGAUAUUUCAGACCAGGACUGGACACCCCUGACAUGCUUAAUCUCAUGAUGUUCUGCUGCGAUUAUUUGUUUUUCCCAAACACAUCUAUGUUUUCUUUUCCUUUUUAAGGUUCCAGUAUGUCUUUUCAUUAAUGUUGCACUUUUAAAUAUUUUUGUAUUUGAUAUCUAUUUAAAAUAUUUUAUUAGGUUUUACUGAAGUGGUGCCAUUCUUCAGAACAAUUGAAGUUAUUACCCUGCAGUUCUACAGCUUGCUCACUGUAAUUUUUUAUGGCUCGUACAGAAAUGUGAAAUCGGAGGGGAUGCCUUUUGAUAACGAGUUGGAAAUGUCACUUUUUUCUGUUAUCGUAAUAUAAAUUAAUAUGUAUGAAGCAUGGGUCCAGACUUAUAGUUGAAAUUUAUUUUGUGUUUAGUGUUCUAUUUUUUACCAUUUUAACUGCACACUUGACAUUGCCUCUCUAGAGAAAUAACAAUUUGUGGUGGGUAAAAUGCGCCUCUCUAGUUAAACUUACAUGAACUCUCUUCAGGACCUGUACAUCUCUAAUGUAUCUGGAGCUAAAUGCAUAACCCUUUAUGGCCUAAAUUGUUUUUUUUGUGUGUAAAAACGUAAGAAGUGCCCAUAUACACUUUGUAUAACAGAGGUAAAAGAUUUUGCAUUUGGCCCUUUGGGACAAAAACUCUUGCUAGAGUUCUCGAUUUUGCAGUCUUUGGGCAUUAAUAUUGGUAUUAGUCUGCAGCCCCGUUUGGUCAGAAUCCCAAAUUCAGAGUUCAUAGACUAACAAGUUCCUGUAGACUGUAAAAAAGUUGGGAAAAAAUCUGCUUUUACUUUGCAAGUCAUGGCAAUCUUAGAGCUUGUAUUUAGAUUAAUCUAGAAUUCAUUCCGUCUGAAGCUGGAGUAAAAAGUGUAACAUAAUUAGCCACUAAAAUAUUUUCCUUUUUCUUCUGUACAGAAAUACAUUAAUAUAUAACAAUUUAACUUAACAGUGACUUUCUGGAGUUGCAAGGGUAAAAUCAGCUGUAUAGAAAAUAAAAUGAACAUUUAUAUCCUUCUGGUGAAUCUUC